AUGGAGCUGGCCCUGUGCGCUCUCACUGACCCUGAAGGGCAGCAGGUGCUUAACAAAGAAGUGGGCUAUAGCUCAGGAGCUGGGAGCUUCCUCUCCAGAGGAGUUUGCCAGCAUGCGACAACUAUAACAAGUUCAUCAGAAAAUGAUGAUCGUAGUGGAUCCAGUUUGGAAUGGAGCAAGGAUGGGAGUCUCAGAGCUGGAAAACAUCAAGGGAUUAGUCAUGAUCGAAGAACAGAUAAUUGUUCGCCAGUUGCAGAAGAGGAGGCUGUUGGAUCUUCUGAGAACUUGCCAAAAGAAGUACCAGUGGGAGAGGGUCCCGUUCCUUAUGCUCAAAAUUCUGGCUCUUUAAUAAUGCCUCGUCCAAACUCUGUUGCAGCAACAAGUUCAACCAAACUGGAAGAUCUGAGUUAUCUGGAUGGACAAAGAAAUACUCCUUUACGCACUUCAAUCCGCUUGCCUUGGCACAACACUGCUGGUGGAAGAGCGCAGCAGGAAAGUAAAGCUCGUUUCAUCCCCUAUAAGCCUCAGGACAUCCUGCGGAAGCCGCUAUUGUUUGAAGUGCCAAGCAUAACAACAGAUUCGGUGUUUGUUGGAAGAGAGUGGCUAUUUCACGCGAUUGAAGAAGCACUGAAGAGUCCCGACCCAGCGGAGAGCAGGGGAGCGGUCAUUACAGGAAAUGUGGGGUUUGGGAAGACUGCAGUGAUUUCACGGCUGGUGGCGCUUAGCUGCCAUGGAAGUCGCAUGAGGCAAAUAGCUUCAAACAGCUCUAAUUCAUCCCCCAAAAGUGGUGACUCCUGUCAGGAGAUUCCCUUGAGUCAGUUACCCCCAUCUGCUCUUCCAGCGAGCAGCACCAACACAACGAAGACUCUGAAUUGCCCUGGUACUCCUGAAUACCAGAACCCAGCAGGUGAUUGUGUGCGACGCCUUGCUUCGAAGGUCGUCGCUUAUCACUACUGUCAAGCUGACAACACAUACACGUGUCUUGUCCCAGAAUUCGUGCACAGCACUGCAGCUUUACUGUGUCGUUCAAAUCAAUUAACAGCGUAUAGAGAUCUCCUGAUCAAAGAGCCUCACUUGCAGAGCAUGCUCAGCCUGAGAUCUUGUGUCCAAGACCCAGCAGCAGCCUUCAAAAGGGGAGUGUUGGAGCCACUUUCAAACCUCAGGAAAGAGCAGAAAAUUCCUGAGGAUGACUACAUAAUUUUGAUAGAUGGUUUAAAUGAUGCAGAAUUUCAUAAACCUGAUUAUGGUGACACACUUUCUUCAUUUAUCGCAAGCAUCAUCUGUAAGUUUCCUCCCUGGCUGAAGCUGGUUGUGACUGUAAGAACUAACUUCCAGGAAGUAGUAAAUUCACUGCCCUUUAUUGCAAUAUCCCUGGACAAUUUUCCAGACAACAAGGAAAUUCAUGAUGACUUGAAUGCCUAUAUUCAGUACAGAAUUAGUAACAGCCAGGAAAUUAUAAACAACAUAUCUUUAAAUGGAAAAGCUGAUGCAGCUAUUAUUGGGAAAGUGAGUAACCACCUGAUCAUGAGAAGCCUGGGAUCUUAUCUCUAUCUGAAACUCACUCUGGAUCUUUUCCAAAAAGGUCACUUAGUAAUCAAAAGUGCAAGCUACAAGGUUGUUCCAGUGUCUCUCUCAGAACUGUACUUGCUUCAGUGCAACAUGAAGUUCAUGACAAACUCGGCUUUUGAGCGAGCCCUGCCCAUACUAAACGUGGCGCUGGCAUCCCUGCACCCUAUGACAGAUGAGCAGAUUUUCCAAGCUAUUAAUGCAGGCCAGAUAAAUGGAGAGCAACAAUGGGAAGACUUCAGCCAGAGGAUGGAAGCCCUGUCAUGUUUUCUGAUAAAGAGGCGUGACAAAACGCGCAUGUUCUGCCAUCCUUCCUUCCGGGAAUGGCUGGUUUGGAGAGCAGACGGCGAAAAUACUGACUUCUUGUGUGAGCCAAGGAAUGGACAUGCUCUACUGGCUUUCAUGUUUUCCCGACAAGAGGGAAAGUUAAACCGCCAACAAACUAUGGAACUUGGUCACCAUAUACUUAAAGCUCACAUUUUUAAGGGUCUCAGUAAAAGGACUGGAAUUUCUUCCAGUCACCUGCAAGCCUUGUGGGUUGGUUACAGCACUGACGGACUGUCCGCAGCCCUUGCUUCCCUCAGGAACAUCUACACGCCCAAUGUGAAGGUGAGUCGGCUGCUCAUCUUGGCAGGAGCAAAUGUGAAUUACAGGACUGAAGUACUAAAUAAUGCUCCAGUGCUAUGUGUUCAGUCGCACCUUGGACAUGAAGAAGUGGUCAGCCUUUUACUAGAAUUUGGAGCUGCUGUUGAUGGAACUUCAGAAAACGGGAUGACAGCACUGAGUUACGCAGCUGCGGCAGGUCACAUGAACAUAGUUUCACUGCUGUGUAAAAAAGGUGCAAAGGCUGACUAUGUGGACAAGAAAGGCCAGUGUGCCUUGGUUCAUAGUGCACUGAGAGGGCAUCGCGAUGUCUUUGAAUACUUGCUCAGUCUUGUUUGGAUAACCCCUUCCCAGGAACAAAAUUCUCUAAGAAAAAGCCAAUCACUGCAACAAGCUCUGACAGCAGCUUCCAGUAUGGGACACUCUCAGGUGGUUUCUUACAUCCUGACGACUGAAAAAGAGCACGCCAUAGACAUCAACGACACCGAUGCCUUGUGGGGAGAAACAGCCCUGACAGCCGCUGCAGGGAGAGGAAAACUGGACGUCUGCGAAUUGCUUCUGGAGCAUGGAGCAGUCGUGACGAGACCUAACAGGAGGGGCAUCCCUCCGCUCUUCUGCGCGGUUCGGCAGGGGCACUGGCAGAUUGCUAAGCUUCUAGUGGAGCAUGGCUCUGAUGUGAAUUUAAGCGACAAGCAAGGCCGAACUCCACUUAUGGUGGCUUCUUGUGAAGGACACCUGAGCACUGUGGAGUUUCUGCUCUCUGAAGGUGCAAUUAUUUCAUCUUUGGACAAAGAGGGACUGACUGCUUUGAGCUGGGCAUGUCUGAAAGGCCACAGGGAGGUGGUUCAGUAUUUAGUGGAGAAAGGUGCAACUACUGAUCAGACGGACAAAAACGGACGGACACCCCUAGACCUGGCAGCGUUUUACGGAGAUGCUGAUAUUGUGCAGUAUCUGGUAGAGAAAGGGGCAACGAUCGAGCACGUUGACCACAGCGGCAUGCGGCCGCUGGACAGAGCCAUCGGAUGCCGCAACACGGCCGUUGUGGUGACGCUGCUGCGGAAAGGCGCCAAGCUGGGAAAUGCAGCAUGGGCAAUGGCCACCUCAAAACCUGAUAUUCUUCUAAUUCUGCUGCAGAAACUGAUGGAAGAAGGAAAUAUACUGUACAAAAAAGGUAAGAUGAAGGAAGCAGCCCAGCGCUAUCAGUACGCCUUGAGGAAGUUCCCAAGGGAAGGAUUUGGGGAAGAAAUGAAAGCGUUCAAUGAGCUGAGGGUUUUGCUGUACCUAAACCUAUCACGAUGUCGUCGAAAAACAAAUGACUUCGGCAUGGCUGAAGAGUUUGCUACCAAAGCACUGGAUCUGAAACCCAAGUCCUAUGAAGCCUAUUACGCUAGAGCAAGAGCCAAGAGGAACAGCAGAAAGCUCCUUGCUGCUCUUGCUGACCUACGGGAAGCGGCACAGCUCUGUCCCAGCAAUCAAGAGAUAAAACGUCUCCUGGCUCGGGUAGAAGAGGAGUGCAAACAGCUCCAGAGGACACAGCAACAGAAGCAUCAGGCUCCACAGCUCCUGCAGCAGCUUAACAACUCUGACAACGAGGAGGAGUGCAUUGUACAAGGUGUGAAUGAUAAUUUUAAUCUUCAGGACAGGGAGGAUGAACUGCCCCACCCUGAUGAAUCUCUUCGCUCUCCGCAAAGGCUGCAGCGUUCCGCAGCUGCCUCAUCGUACAGCAGGACCCUUCAGGAAGGUGUUCAGCAGAAAGCCAGGCCUGUGUCCCCUCAAAGCAGAACAGGCAAUAAAUAUCUGAGAGAGCCAGGCUUGAUCAUGCAGCCAACAAAGCAGGCACAGAUUGUAAAAACUAACCAGCACCUGAGCUCCAGCCAGCCUGGAUCGAAAAUGGGAAGCAGUCAGUGCAACGCCAAGGCACAGUCGGCUUCUCAGCAUCUGCCCCAAAGUCCCUUGCCAGUCCGGCACGCUAAAGCCCCGCAGCUGGAUGGGAUGGACACCUCGUCAUCUGGAAGUGUCGCCGCAGGUCCCAGCUCCGAACCGCACCAUGAGAAGUCCAUGUCCAGGCUGUGUUCCCGCUCACAGCACGGUGAGAGUAUUUCUGCUCAUGCUUUUGCAAGUAAGUCUAAAACUGCUGACAGGUUAACAACCCCAGCUCAAAUGAAUUUCAGCGAAGCACGGCAGGAGAGCCCUGGGAGCAGUGGUGUCUCUGCUGGCUCACCAUCCAGCAGCGUGCUGCUCACCGGCUCAGCCAGCAGCUUAACCUCCACCAGCAGUUUUCCUGAAAGCAUUAAGGGUCUGGGCCCAGACGUUCGCCUCAAGGAGCAGCACAUUCAUCAAGUUCAGGGUACGAUGGCUGAGCACAGACCUCGCAAUACUCCGUUUAUGGGAAUCAUGGAUAAGACUGCAAGGUUUCAGCAGCAAAAUACUCAAUCCAGUCGCACCUGGCACCCUCAGGCAUUGGAUGGGUUAUCAGCAAACAUUGCUUCUGGGAGUGUGCAGUCCUCAAACUUCGAGCAGUUCUCAGUCAAACACCACCAAACCAAACAACUUUCCCCUGCUGGUGCGGCCCCAGGAGAAGGCAGCCAGAACGGGGUGCAGGCGAAAGAGCGUGAGGAGCUGAAGUGCCAAAUCCUGGCCCCAUGCCAGGACGCCAGAGCCCCGCGGAUGCCGGUGGCUGUCUCGAGCCAUGGCGGCACGGAGAGCCACCUCGGUCACGUCGCCACUACGAAACCAAAGCGAUCAUUCAUUGAAUCCAAUGUAUGA